UAUAAUUCAGACAUUCGAUAAAUACAUUGUGAUUGCAUCAUAGCCGUCUUAAAGGUUAUCUCUUUUAAAAAAUAUUCGUUAAUAAUGGCUUUUAGGAACUGGUUUUCGCUUCCAGUCGUUAGAGCUGAUGACGAGCAGGACUUGGUUGACCCUCAAUCAGUUUUAAGGGAAAAAUGCCAAGCCAAAGGGCACAUAGAAUCCUUGUACAAUAAGUACCAAGAGUGUAAUGAUCGUGUGAAUGGCCGAUCCAAAACAACUGAGACGUGCAUCGAAGAACUAUUUGACUAUGUUGCUGAGUUAGAUCAUUGCGUUUCGCACAGCCUUUUUACAAAACUAAAGUAAAUACCAUUGAAGCUUUUUUCAAUAAUGGAAAGUGCAGUGCUUAAUAAUAAGAACAUAAAUAAACAAAUCACUUGAUCGAGCUUUCUA